ACAGAUGCUGUCAUUAAUCCGCGUCUGUGUACACAACACACUUUAGUACAAUUGAACAUGUUCUUGAAUAUUAGAAUCUGCACACUUGUUUGAAAGAAUAACAUCAUGCUUUUCAGACUAUUGCGCGGGAAGCUAGCCAGGGCAGAGUCAAUUGUUUUGAAACAUGAAAAGCUUGCAUCUACCCAUCCUUUAAGUUCCAUGAAAAUGCACAAAGAGAUGAUGAAUUAUCAUAAGUCUCUUCCUAAGCUUCCAGUUCCACCUCUACAUUCAUCACUAGAAAAAUAUUUACGAUCUGUUCGCCCGUUCCAGACCGAUGAAGAAUUUAAAAACACAUGUAAAAUUGUAAAAGAAUUCGGGGCUCCAGAUGGCUUAGGUGUGAAACUGCACGCAGCCCUCGUAGACAAAUCUAACAAAACAGAAAACUGGAUUCGUGAAUGGUGGAUAAAUGAAGCUUACUUAUCUGUGCGAGACUCCUUGUUGACUGGCUCUUCUAUGGCAGUCAUGGGAGAGUUUCAAGAUUUUAAUACAGAUGAAUCUCAUUUGAGAUUUUCAGCUAAAGUUGUUGCUGCAAUGUUAAAUCUCAAAAGCCAGUUUGACAAUUCUACACUGGAAAAAGAAGUCAUUGGAGGCCACCCUUUAGAUAUGACUAAUUACUGUGAUAUGUUUGCUGGCUGUAGAAUCCCUAAUUCUCCCCGUGAUUCUAUUUUUUUAAGUUAUUUAGAGGACGAACCACAGAACCACAUUGUUGUUGCACAUAAAAAUCAUUAUUUUAGCUGCAAAGUUUAUGGCGAUGAUGGUGAACCACUUCACGAAGAUCAGAUUUAUUCGCAACUUAAGAAAGUGGUAGAUCAGUCUCAAGAACCCCAACUACCCAUAGGAAUACUUACAACUCUACAUAGGGAUAAAUGGCUUAAAGCUUACAACACUUUGCGUAAAUAUGAUCCAAUAAAUAAAAAGUCUAUCAAUGCUAUUCAAAAAGCCCUCUUUAUCUUAUGUCUGGAUAAACCUGUAUCAAACAAAGACAUGCCCAACAGGAAAUCUCACAUGAUAAGCCAUUUUAUACAUGGAGGAGGAACUGAUAUAAAUAGUGGAAACAGAUGGUUUGACGAAUUUCAGAUCAUCGUAAAUCGAGAUGGAACCUUUGGAUUUAACUUCGAACACAGCAUAAUUGAUGGUCAAUUUUUUAGGAGAUUGCUUCAGCAUGUAUUCGAUUACACGAAUAGAAGUGAGAGUAACAAGCAUUGCCAUUCGACUUCCGCUCCAGAUCCAAAUAUGUUAAAAUUCAAUGUUUCAAGAGAGACUGUAGAAGAUAUAGAAGACGCCAAAAGGGAUUUAAAAAGAUUUGUAGAUGAUCUUGACAUGAGAUGUAUGCACUUCGAUAAUUAUGGGACAGAUUUCAUGAAAUCACACAAAUUGAGUUCGGAUAGUUUCAUACAAAUGGCUCUUCAACUAGCAUUUUACAAGAUCCAUGGGGAGAUUGGUGCAACGUAUGAAAGUGCAUCGACUCGAAAGUUUUUGUUCGGAAGAACAGAUGUCAUACGCUCAACGUCAGUCGAGAGUGUUGAUUUCUGCAGAAAAAUGCUUGACAAGUCAACAUCUCUUACUUCUAAAAUUGCUUUUUUAAGAAAUGCUAUUCAAACUCACAAGGAAUAUGCCCUUCAAGCAGUGAAUGGAAUGGCUUUUGAUAGGCUUCUCUUGGGAUUGAGACUAAUAGCAAAAGAAUCAGGAAUGGAUGAACCAGUUUUGUUCCAAGACGUUGCAUUUAUAAGAAGUACUUAUUAUAGAUUAUCAACUAGUAAUAUUGCAAUCAGAGCAAGAAAUUGUGGAGGCUUUCCAGUUUUAGUUCCAGACGGUUAUGCAUGUGCUUACAAUCCAAAGCCCUCCUUCCUUACAUGCGUCAUUAGUGCAAGUAAUACCUGUCCAAAAACUAGUUCAGAUGAUUUCGAAACAGCUAUGACUGAAGCACUUACUGAAAUGCACAGCGUCAUUACAAAAUCUUCAGUUUGAAAAAAAAAAACUUAGAUUAGAAAGGACUCUUUUUUACUUAAUAUAUUUCCUUCCUUAUAAACAAUUUUUUCUCAUUUUGCAUUAAACAUUACUUGGUUAAAAGGAGGCUCAAUAUUUGCACAACCAAUAAAAUGGAAACUAAAUUUAAAAA